AUGACAACCAAUGUCCUCUACAUGCAGCAAACAAAAAGAGCUACAACAAAGUACUUUCAACUCUCACUCUCUGUCUCUAUCAUUCUCACAAUCACUCUCACAAUGACCGAUCCAGAGCUAGAAAACAUCACCUUUGUCAAGGCUGAACCCGAAAACUUUAGGGAUGUAGUCCAGAAGCUGACCGGAUCCAGCACUGAUCCAGCAGUGCAAAGGAUCUCCGUCACCCUUUCUGCCCGUCCAUCAAAUGGCCUGUACCACACUGUGGAAGUUGGUCAGACAAGACCAUCUUUCAUGCUGCAAGAGAGAAGGCAAGCCACCCGGAACCUGGCAAUUCAGCUCAAUCAAAACACAACCUCGCAUGGGCAGUAUGCGUUUCUCCCUGACAUGAAAGUGACGGAUUUCUCCCCCGUCUCGACACUGGACAUGUUUUCACCCUCUGUGCCAGAAGAGCAUGCUAUUGCUAACAAAGGCUUUUACUUGCAACCCGGUCCAGUCAGUACUUCAAGAAAGUCUGAGCCCAAGCUGCUCAACUUGUUUCCAACAUCUUCAGAUUCUUAA